GGCGCGCCCGCGGGUCGCGGACAGUCCGGCUGUCCCCGCCUCCUUCCGUCCGAGUGGCGCUCUCCCGCGGCUGCGCCGGCCGGGCGGCCCCGGAGACAAAGCGCCGCCGCCGCCGCCACCGAGCGGGUCCCGGGCCAUGGCCGGGCCGCCUUUGGCCCCGCUUAUCCCGUCCCGCUGCCGCCGCCGCCUCCCUAGGUUGCUCCGCGAGGUAUUUGAGCACCAACUACAUGCCAGGCACUGGAAUCCAGGCAAAAAGCCCUCUGCCCUCCUAGAACAGGCAAAGACAACCCAGAUGUGGAAACAAAGGCCCAGAGAAGCUUAACGCUUGCCCGGGGUCACGCAUCCUGGACGCUACAGAGCUGACAUUUGAACCCAGAGAAGAGCAAGCCGAGACCAGACUGGGCAGAGGGCAGGGAGGCAAGCGGUGGCCUGAGAGGCAAGUCAAAGCUGAGUUAUGAAAGCAGAGCUGGGACCUGAAAGGGACCACGGAGAGACAGCCGGUCUGGUUUCAGGGGAUGAUGAAAACAGCAGUGCCUGACGAGGCCUGGGUUUGAAUUUCAGUUCCGCCUAACUUGCUUUGUGCCCUUCUGCUAGUGACUAACCUCUCUGUCCUUUGUUCCCCCAUCGGUCAAACAGGGGUGAUGCUAGUCCCUGCCAGCUGAGGUUUGCUGCGAGAUUAAAUGAGUUAAUAUCUGUAAAACGCCUGGCAUGCGCUAGUCAUCCACAGUAUUCUUUUGGAGGCGGCCUCUGGGCCCGGUCAGGGUUUGGGCCCUGGCUCUGCUGCUGAAGAGCUGUGUGAGCCGGGGCAGGCCGCCUCUGCCCGGGGAGCCUCAGCGUCCUCGCCUGCGCAAGAGGGGCGUGGAGGGUGGCAGCCAGGCCGCGGGGCGGGGCGAGGGGGGGGGCGGGGCCGGGUGACCCGGUGACCCGGUGGGGUGGCGGCUGCCGGCCGCGUGAGUGAGUAACCGCUGUGCUGGUUGGGGACAGGCCCCGGCCCCCGCCGCCAUGAAGCUGAACGAGCGCAGCCUGGCCUUCUACGCCACCUGCGACGCCCCGGUGGACAACGCGGGCUUCCUGUACAAGAAGGGCGGCCGGCACGCGGCCUACCACCGCCGCUGGUUCGUGCUGCGCGGCAACAUGCUCUUCUACUUCGAGGACGCGGCCAGCCGUGAGCCCGUGGGCGUCAUCAUCCUGGAGGGCUGCACGGUGGAGCUGGUGGAGGCCGCCGAGGAGUUCGCCUUCGCCGUGCGCUUCGCGGGCGCCCGGGCCCGCACCUACGUGCUGGCCGCCGAGAGCCAGGCCGCCAUGGAGGGCUGGGUGAAGGCGCUGUCGCGGGCCAGCUUCGACUACCUGCGGCUCGUGGUGCGCGAGCUGGAGCAGCAGCUGGCGGCCGUGCGGGCCGGGGGCUGCCCGCUGCCCCCGCGCCGGCCCCGCGCGCUCCCGCCCAAGGAGAACGGCUGUGCCGUGUGGAGCGCCGAGCCCCCCGCCGGCUCGCGGCCUGGCCCCGUGCCCCCGCCCUUGCCCCCCCGGCGGCGGGCCUCGGCGCCCAACGGGCCCCUCCACGCGGCCUCCUUUGCCCGGCUACACGAGUGGUAUGGGCAGGAGGUGAGGGCGCUGCGGAGCCAGUGGCUCAGGAGCCGGGCCCAGCCCUGAGGUCGCUGGAGUGGGGGGCCUGUUUCUGGACGGACCCCAGACGCGGGCCCCAGCCUCACAGGCCCUGCCCCGAGAGAGAGACCGGGAGGCCUGGUCCCGAGGGAAAUCCGGUGGCCCCGCUCUCCGGGACUCUGCUCUGACAAGACGCUGGGUUCUGAGGGCUGCUUGAGGGCUGGUGUGACUCCGCACGGGCCACGGCCCCGAUUCCACGGAGGAUCCAGGGCCUGGGGGAGCCUCCUGAAGCCCCACGGCUGGUUUCGGGGGGAACUCCAGCCCCAGGCCACGCCGGAGUCACCCGGCCAAGGCCUCUUGCUGGUAACGGGCCCCCGCUGGGGUGACUGGGACUACAUGAGGAUCUGUGGCCUGAAAGGCGAUGCCCGCGUCAGCCUUGGGCCCGGCGGCUCCUGACUGGACCACGACGUGGACAGAGAGAGCCUUGGCUGUGCCACCCCACACCUGGGUUUGACCUCCUUUUGCUCCAGGCCGCCUGGCCGUCUCCAGCAGCAGUUGCAGAAGGUGGCGCAGGCGCAGGUUUUAUUGCGAGACCCGUAUGGUGAGAUUGCCUAGUCCCAAGGGCUCUUGGCUUGGAGUGGGGCCCGGGCCGGACUUUACCCUGGGCGUCAGCCAGGCCUUGAGAAGGUACUCCUGGCGCAGUAGCUGCCCUGUGGCUUGGGCCAGGUCUGUGUCCCUGUGGCGGUUCUCACAUGCCCUCCUGACACUCCUUAAUCACAUCCUUCGUCUGCUUCUCCUGGAGCCGGAGCCUGGGGUGGGGCCUCUCAGUUCACCUGACCUUGUCCAGUCCUGGGCUAGGCAGCCAUGGCCUGAACGGACUUUUCCAGCAGGUUUCCCCAGGGAGGGGUGGCUGUGAGCUGACUCAGCACCCAGAAAAGGCCCGGGUGCUGAUCUGGUACAGCAAAGAAACAGCUGCCAAGCUGUGUUUGGCUUCUGGAACCCCCUCGUUCCAUGACAGCUCCAGCCCACCUCCACCCCCGAUAUUCUGAUGGGGAGACCAGGUCUUGAUUUGCUUCAAGGCCGACUGCUGUUUCACUGUACUCACCACAGUGGCCAUUCUUCAUCCAGGGAGAAUCUCGGGGGGGCUGGGACACCCCCCGGCCUUCAAGCUGGGUUAUGUUUACAGUCCUCAGUACCCCACAAUGGGGACCACCUGAGGACACAUAUGCCCCAACCUGUAUUUCCCCAGACGGUCCCUCUUGGGUACAGACAGACUUGGCCCUGAGGCCCUUUCCUGCUGUCUUUGGAGACCCUGGAGCUUGGGGAAGAAAGGGGGCUGUCUGUGUGUCUGCAAUCACCAGCUCACUGCUGGCUCAGUUGACUGGGGCUUCAGUUUUAAUUUAAUUUUUAAUACUUAGGGUGGUUUUCUUCCCUAGCAAUGGAGCUUGGCGUUUUUGCUGCUUUUGUUUCUUGUUGGCUAGUUGGAAGGGAUGGGGUGCCCCAGCUCUGGGCUUGGCUGGGGGUGGGGGGCAGUUGGCACUGGCCCCAGGAAGAGGGCCAGGAGCCUUGGUUGGAGACAAAGGCACCUCAAGAAUCUCACCAGGUUCUCUACCUUCUCCCAGCAAGUCCGGCUCUCCUGACAGGUGCCUCUGGGGUCUUUGUACACUCCCAUCUCCUCCUCCCUGAGUCCUGAGUAGUGGAGGUGGGGGAUGGCUGCUUUUGUUCAUAGAUUCUGGGUCUCUGCAGAGGUUACGAGCUGCCCAGAGCCCAUGUCCUGGCCCCAGCUGGUGGGGUGAGGUGUUGACCCCAAACCUGGUGCAGGUGUACAAGCUCUAUAAAGGUACAAUGCCUGUCCCCUCCCCCCCCCCCCCCAAAAAGCACAAGAUGGGGUCAGGCUGCCUCCGUAGUUGGGUGGGGACAGAGAUAUCUGGCAGCCUGGAAGGAGGAUGUAAAGGCUGAAAUAAAAAGUUGUCAAGUAA